UGGUACCCACGCCAUCGCAAGUGUCGCACAGCUUCACUAUUUAUAUUUUUUCUGUUGAGAUUAUAUUUGAUUUUUAUUCUCAUUUAUAGUUACAUUUUGUUAAAGUUUUCAUAUUAAUUGUGAGAAUGCCAGCAAUUGAAUUUGAAACGCGUCCGUCAGGAUCAGGACUGAUCGUGAAGGGAGUCACCGAUCAGUAUGCCGAUGGCAAAAUGGCAAGCGUUUACUCCGAGUUUAUUGGGGAUACGAAUAUUAGAACUCAGAAAUACAAAACAUUUUUGCUUGAUUUAUUAAGAAAAAAGGGCUGCAGGAGAAUUUUAGAUGUUGCUUGUGGAACUGGAAUUGAUUCAAUAAUGCUUCUGGAGGAAGGAUUCGAAGUAGUUUCAACUGAUGGCUCUGACAAGAUGCUCAGAUAUGCGUUCGAAACAAGGUGGGCAAGGCGAAAGGAACCGGCGUUUGAUAAGUGGGUUAUUAAACAAGCGAAUUGGGUAGAUCUCUAUGAAACUGUGAAGGACAUUGUAGGAGACGGAUUUGAUGCGGUAAUCUGUUUUGGUAGUUCUUUUGCCCACUUGUUGGAUUCUUUUGGAGAUCAACGUGAACAGAAACAAUCUAUAAGUAAUUUUGAAAAAUGUUUGAAGCCUGGUGGUUUACUUCUAGUUGAUCACAGGAAUUAUGAUCAACUUCUUGAAGGGAAAGCUCCUACGAAGUGUGUCUAUUAUGAAGAUAGCUCUAUUACGAACAUAACAACUUCAGUUUUAUCUGUAAUGGGAAAACCUGCGUUGGUUAUUCGAGAUUACGUAGUCGAAACUGACAAAAAUAAUGGAAAUAGUGUUAAAGCUGACAAUUCCGACACUAAAGUGGACCUGCGAUUAAUAUUUUAUCCACAUAUGAUGAGGGACUUUAGAAAUAUGUUAAUGGAAUUUUUUGGAAAAAAUGCAAUAUACCACACAUUAGGCGAUUUUAAGAAUUUAGAUGAAGUUGAAAAUCCCACUUUUUACAUUCAUAUUGUGGAAAAAGCAAAAUAAUCUCUCCUUUUUUUAAUAUUAAGAAUAAGGAAAUGAUAUGUUUUUCCUUGUUUUAUUAUUAAUAUUUUGUUGCUAUAUUUUGUAUACAAAAUGAGAGAUAAUUAAUACACCAACGUAAACAAUG